CGAAAGUGCCAAGAGUCUUUCAAAGUCAAUCAAUUAGAGGGUGCAUUACGAUCCGGCGAUUCGAUACAUCCAUCCCACACGACGAUGAUGCUUCACAUCGUGAUUUUAGCGGCGAUUUUAACGGCUGCGCAAUGCUUUCAAUUGAACAUGACGCAGUUCUAUGAGAUGCCGCCGCUGUACGACUUGGAUGACUACGAUCGCUGCCUCCAGGAGUUCGAUGGCCAGGGUUCCACCUACUGCUUCGUUCGAGCCGAAGUCCAGCCGGAUGACUCGGUGGCCAGUUGGCGGGCCAUUGCCGAGAUUUCGCAGUACGAUCGCCAUCACUUCGAUCACAGGCAGCUCUACUUUGGCCUCUGCCUGCGCGAAUGUGAGGCUUCUCUGGCCGGAUUGGAUGAGAGUGAAUUGGAGGCCCUGCAGGCCGGCCUGCUGUCGGAAAAUGCAAAGGUGAACGUGUAUCUGGACUUGUUCUCGAUGGAGGCGACCAAUCGCCAGCGGCACCAGCGAUUGACGAAUGCCUGCCUGAAUUGGCGGUUGCAGCGUCGAGGAUUCGGGCUGAUGGCCAAGAGCGUGGUGGAGUACUGCGAUCAGGCGGGUCGCCAGGUGGAAGAAGAUGCUUGGAACCUUACUUUCUGCGGCAUUUUGGGAGCUCUAGUGAUUCUAGCUGGCCUGGGCAGCCUGGUGGAUCUGCACCUGAAGCGCGGCCGCCAUGACAAGAUGCUCAAGGAGCGGGACCACUACAAGACGCCGCCCAAGAGCACCGCCCAGCAGGUGCUGCUCACCUUUUCGGUGGCCCGCAAUUGGUAUCGCCUCAACCAGGAGCCAACUGGCAAGAUCGGACGCGAGUUGAGAUUCCUCGACUGCUUCAAGUUCUUUGCCAUGUUCAUGGUGAUCUUUGCGCACACCAAUUGGGUGAUUUACGAGAGUGCGAUAAGUAAUCCCCAAGAUCCAGAGCGACUCCUUCACACGGCAGCGGGCACCUUGCUAGUUUCGGGAUCCCUAAUCACCGUCACCUUCUUUGUGAUCAGUGGUUUGCUGCUAACCAUCAAUUGGCUGGCUGUUUCCCGUGCUUUACAGGCGAAAAAGGAGACCUGGAGCUUUGCCCAGUAUGCUCAGCUCUUUGUCAAGUUCAAUAUCUUUCGUUAUAUCCGGUUGACCGUUCCCUAUGCCUUUGUCCUCCUGAUGAGUGGUGUGUACUUCGAGAAUGCCGGUGGUCCCCUGUGGCGGCACAUCUUUGAGAGGGAGCAGCUGGCCUGCCGGCGCAACUGGUGGACCAAUCUGUUGUACAUCAACAAUUUUGUGAAAACGGAUGAGAGGUGCCUUCUCCAAGGUUGGUAUUUAGCCGCUGAUACGCAUUCCUUUGUGCUCAGCCUGGUGCUCUUGAUGCUGGGCCAUCGUUUUGCCAAAUGGAGCAAGCAGCUUUAUGCAGGAACUCUGGCUAUCUUUGUGGCUGUUCCCGCAGUGCUCACUUAUGUUAUGGACUAUUAUCCCAUCUUUAUACCCACUCCACAAACCCAGAAGGACUCUUUCAUUGGAGAUCGUCAGUUCACCGAGUUUUACACCUCGUCCUUGAUGAACUUCGGCUGCUAUUUCUGCGGAGUCCUGGCCGCCUUGGUCUACGAUCAGUUGUCGCUGAAGCAAUACAAGCUGCGCGAGCAGAAGAGCUUCCAGCUGUUCUGGUUCACCCUAAUCCCGGUGGGCAUCCUCUGGCUGUUUAGCGCCCAUCCCAUCUUCCAGCACUACUAUGUGGCUCCGUCGGCCAUUUGGGGUGCUUUGUAUGCUGGUCUGCAGCGGAAUAUCUGGGGCUUUGGCCUGGGCAUCUUCAUCGUGGGCAUGGCCAGCAAGGUGGGCUGGAUCUUUCGUAAAUUUGCCUGCCUGCCCAUUUUCCGCAUCCUGGGACGCCUCACCUAUGGAGCCUUUAUUGUCCAUCUCCUGGUGGCCAGGAUAGUCUUGGCCACCGUGAGGGAGCCUCUUUAUUUUGGCACUGGCAUGAUGUUCGCCUUCAUCUUCUUCACGGUGACCGUGUCCUACCUGUGCUCCUUCCUGCUGGCCAUCUUCCUGGAGCUCCCCGUCUCCUCCUUUCUCAAGCUAAUGCGAUAGGCCAAUAAUAUCUUAACUUAUAGAUUACUAGAACUAUUAUAGGUAAAAUAAAAACCAUAA